AUGGUCUCCAAGAAAGCGAAGAAGCAGCAAGACUCUAUGAACAGUCGUCUCAAGCUGGUCAUGAAGUCUGGCAAGGCCAUUUUGGGAACCAGGGCUUCCGUCAAGAGUCUCCGAAAGAGCAAGUCCAAGAUGGUACUGAUCGCCUCCAACUGUCCUCAAUUGCGCAAGUCAGAGGUCGAAUACCUGGCCAUGUUGGCAAAGGUUACCGUGCAUCACUACCAAGGGGACAACUCGGCUCUGGGAACUGCUUGCGGUAAAUUCUUCAACUGCUCCGUCCUCAGUAUCAUUGACCAAGGUGACUCGGAUAUCUUGACCAGCACCUAA